UUUAACUACGUUGCCUGAGCUUUUUGCUGAAGUGUUUAUGAUGAUGUCACAAAGCAAGUUUUUUACAAACCUUUUAGGAGUAGCUCAUUUUUAAGUCACUAAAAUCAGUAACAUAAAAUGAUAUUUUUAAAGUGAAGCAUGGUAGAGGUGAUAAAAUCACUUCCAUGGCUUUUUCACUAAGAACGUGCCAACAUGGGCCACAUUCGCACCAAAACUGUGAAGAAGGCAGCCCGGGUCAUCAUAGAAAAGUACUACAUGCACCUGGGCAAUGACUUCCACACGAACAAGCGUGUGUGUGAGGAGAUCGCCAUUAUCCCUAGCAAGAAGCUCCGCAACAAGAUAGCAGGCUAUGUCACGCAUCUGAUGAAGUGGAUUCAGAGAGGUGCAGUAAGCGGUAUCUCCGUUAAGCUGCAGGAGGAGGGAGAAAGGAAAGACAGUUAUGUUCCUGAGGUCUCAGCCCUGGGUCAGGAGAUCAUUGAAGUAGAUCCUGACACUAAGGAAAUGCUGAAGCUUCUGGAUUUCGGCCGUCUGUCCAACCUGCAGGUCACUCAGCCUACAGUUGGGAUAAAUUUCAAAACACCUCAGGGACCUGUUUGAAUCUUUUCUGCAAUGCUGUAUUAUUUUCAACAAACUUGGG